GAUUCUCAUGGUGGUUUGCUAUUCACUUGGCAAGGACGCUUCCGACGAAAGACGGCGAGAAAUCAGACACACAAAUACCUGUUUACAACGAAACUCUACAACACUGUACAGAAUCUUCACUGAUGACAUCUCCAAUCAGCUCCUCAAGACAACAAGGGCAGACGACGAAACGCCCAGCGAAGAUGGCUUCAUCUCCAUCCCUCAGCCAUCUCCUGAACUUCACUUUACCUCCAAGGCAAGCGCAACCACCAAGCCUACCUAGAAGAAGCAAAAAGGCGUGUACUCAACAGGGUGUGUGGAACAAGGAAAGAUUCGUUAAUGCGCAAUAUCGGUUUGUGAUGAACCCUACUGGUGACUACACCGCCCACUUUGCUGAUCCAGACAUUUUCUUCCAAUGGCACGAUAUUUUGCAAGUCCUCAUACCGCGCUCUUCUGCUCUCGCAUCCGUUUCUUCCGCAGGAGCAACAUAUAACGAGAAAGAAGGCCUGACAACUUGUCCUAUCUGUCUUUCCCCCCCAACGGUUCCUCGACUCACCAAAUGCGGUCAUGUAUUUUGCUUCCCCUGCAUUCUCCAUUACUUGAGCACGUCAAAUAAUCCCAAGUGGGCACGAUGUCCUAUCUGUUUCGAUUCCGUAAACGCGAAAGAGCUCAAAUGCGUCAAAUGGUAUGAUGCGCCCAUCCACGUUGAAGGUGAUGACCAGGAUGACCAGGAAUUACCACCGGAAGGAUCGUCUUUGGCUAUGGCCCAAUCUGGCCUUGCCGGGAUACCUCUUACAGGCUCUCUAUUGCGCAUGCGUCUCAUGCAGAGACCUUAUAUCACUACACUAGCUCUUCCUCGGUCCUACACCUGGCCAUCGGAUCUUAUUCCUCCCCACCAAGCCCCUUUGCAUUUCUUGCCAGAUGUCUACAACUAUGCCAAAUUCAUGCUUGCUACCCCGGAUUAUCUCAUUUCAGACCUUUUGAAAGACCUAAAUAUCCUAGCUGCCGAACGCAGAAUGAUAGUCGGUUUUGGUGACGAGCUCAGUCUAUCCUUCAUGGAUGCAGCAGAGGAGAAUCUACGUCACCAGAUUGCUAAAGCAGCUGCCUUGGAAACGUCUCAGUUGAAGGAUGCGGUCGAUAAGGCUAUAAGGGAUCAGCGUGAGAUAGAAGAUCGCUUUUCGUUGUUGGUGCGACGCGGACAGCAAGAACCCUCAGACCUCCUGGAAGAUAUUCCAGAAGCCUUUCUCGCUAUGCAAGGCAACUUAGGAUUCAACGUUGGUAAGGAUCUAAUGCGCUUGGCGCCCGCAUGGACAACGCCUGACUCCACCAUCAAUCUCCCCCAUCGAUCCCCAGCUGCCCUCAAUCGCGAUCCCAAGCAACGUCGAAAUCUGAAUCCUCCACCACCAUCGACGCAGACAUAUUAUUACUAUCAAGGGGCAUCCGGACUUCCUGUAUUCUUACAUCCCUUGGAUAUCAAGAUCCUAUUUUCGCACUUUCAUAGUUAUUCUUCAUUCCCAGAUGAUAUUACUAUCCGUGUGGAAUCUGUUUCUGAAGGCACCGUGGGUGACGAUUUACGGAAGCGAUGUAAAUAUUUGGCCCAUAUGCCCGAAGGGGCAGAUGUUGUGUUUGUCGAAGCUGAUCUCGAGGGUAUUGUCGGUCAUGAGGGCCUCAAGAAUUUUGAGGGACUUCUGAAGACUAGGAGAGCACGCAGAAGUGAAAAGGAGAAAAAGGACGACCGUGCUCGUGCUCGCGCUGAGGAACGGGAGAAGGACAGGAUUGUGGCAUCAUCGAGUUAUAACUUCUCUCCAAUGCACACGUUCAUAGCUCCUGAGGAAUCACAGGAAUCAUCGGAGCUUUCACCAAUACCGCCUCAGCCGGUUGGUACGUGGGGAACGAGGACUUUUGCGUCUGCAUUACAUGCAACGCCUUCAGGAAUGCCUAUGCGGACACCUUCUUCGUCAGCGCAGCGCACGCCCAGACAGGGCGACGAUGACGGGGAUAUGAAUAUCGCGUGGCAUGAAAUAGAACAGAGAGCUAGAGGCGACGGUGGUCGAAAGAGGGGCAGCAAAAGGGUGGUGUUAGGUGGGAACGGAGGGCGAAGACGUUAGCUAUGAUUGAAUAAUCCAUGCGUAAUUGUGGUGCGGGUAUGGUUUGUGUCAUUGUAAAAUAAAAACGACGAAAAUGAAGGUGUCAGUGAA